UCACGCAUACGCAAGUAUCCAAGAUGGCGGAGACUUCAGUCGCUGUUACUGGUUCGGGAAGCAGUGGACCGAGGUCUGGCGUUCGCGGUGCCUCCACCCCUGCUGAUAACUAUCAACUAGCACGAAGACGCACUCUACAGGUUGUGGUUAGCUCUUUACUUACAGAGGCUGGCUUCGAGAGUGCAGAGAAAGCGGCUGUGGAGACCCUAACUGAGAUGUUACAGAGCUAUCUGUCGGAGAUUGGACGCAGUGCAAAGUCCUAUUAUGAACACACAGCAAGAACACAGCCCACACUGCCAGACGUUGUAGUGACUCUCAUAGAAAUGGGAUUUAAUGUGGACACACUACCUGCUUAUGCCAAGCGUUCACAGAGGAUGGUGAUAACUGCGCCCCCUGUGACUAAUCAUCCAGUAGCGCCUAAAGCACUGAGUGCAGGGCAAAACAAGCCUCAUCCUGCUCACAUUCCAGGUCACCUCCCAGAAUUUCCUGAUCCUCACACUUACAUCAAGACUCCGACGUGCCGAGAACCAGUGUGUGAUUACCAGGUGCUGCGUGAGAAGGCAGCAUCACAGCGUAGAGAUGUGGAGAGAGCACUCACUCGAUUUAUGGCUAAAACAGGGGAGACUCAGAGUCUUUUCAAGGAUGAUACCAGCACUUUCCCACUAAUUGCAGCCCGUCCUCUUUCCAUUCCAUAUCUGAAUGCCCUCUUGCCUUCGGAGCUGGAGCUGCAGCAGGUAGAAGAGACUGAUUCAUCAGAACAGGAUGACCAGACUGAUACAGAAAAUCUGUCUAUGCAUAUGCAAACGGAUGAUUCAGGCACAGAGAAGGAAAAUGCAUCUGUUCUGCAGCAGAAUUCACUUAAGGGGGGAGAGGAUACAUUGAUAGAUAAUCCCUACCUUCGGCCGGUGAAAAAACCCAAAUUGAGGCGCAAGAAGUAGUCAUGGAAUGAAAUCUCACUUGCUUGGACAAUGAAGUGACUUGCUGGGAGGAAGGUCCUCACCCAUCACACCACUUGAAACUUUGGUGUACAGCUAAUGAAUAUUCAAUGUUUAUAUUUUAAGGAUGGCCACAUUUUGCUGCAGUGGGAACUGAGCUAUACAUAUGACUGCAGUUGAAGCCAUGUAUAAUUUGAACAUCCAGGUUGAAGACUUUUUAAUGUUGUUGCCUCUUUGGAAAAUACCCCAGACAUUAUCAUAAUUAUCUUUCUCCCUGUGGGAAGAUCCUCAUGUUUGUUUUCAUUAUUUGUCCUGGGACCAGGUCACAAUGUGUAUCAUCAUGAAUUUUAUAAUAAAAAAAA